CUAAGAAUUAGAAUACAAAUAGCUUUUGUAUUUGUAUAGUUUGAGAAAUAUUUGAAUACUAUUAUUGCUUUUACCUGAUUGUAGGAAUGGAAAUUCUAAAGGCUGAAAGAAUAAGGUUAAAAAUUGACUAUACUGUAACUUACAUACUGGCGAUAAUGUCUUAUGUAAACAGACACCUGACACCUUGAGGAAGAAGAGGAAGGAGAAACAAUGAAACUGUUGUUUAAACUUAGAAUGUACUAGAAGCCAUAGGUGGUGAAGCGAAUUGUUAAGUGUUGAACAGGGUUGUGCUUUUCUUAAGCACGUAAGAGUAAAUUUAAUGUAAAUAACCUUCAACUCAUAUUUCUUUCACUUUUAUAAAAAAUAAGAUUUUGAUAUUUUCGACAACAUUAUGAUGGAUUUCAAGUACAACACAUCGUUGCUACUUUUUGGAAAAACUGCUAAGAUAGUUUGAUAAGAAGAUACAUAAAUAGCCAGUGUCAGAAGUGCAAAGCUAUUUGUGAUGAAUUUUAUUUGUUGUUAUUCAGCACACAGUUAAGUUUGGGGAUCAUGGAAGAUAAUGGACAAAAAAAUGGCACUGAGGUCAACAUUUCUGCAAAUGAAGAUAAAACAAUGUCUGCCAACCUAAAAUACCUUUCCUUGGGAAUUUUGGUCUUUCAGACCACCAGUUUGGUUCUAACAAUGCGUUAUUCUAGGACUUUAAAAGAAGAGGGACCUCGUUAUCUAUCCUCUACAGCAGUGGUUAUUGCUGAACUUUUGAAGAUAAUGGCCUGCAUUUUAUUAGUCUACAAAGACAGCAAAUGUAGUCUAAGAGCAUUGAAUCGAAUACUACAUGAUGAAAUUCUUAAUAAGCCUAUGGAAACCCUUAAACUUGCUAUUCCUUCAGGAAUAUAUACUCUUCAGAAUAAUUUACUGUAUGUGGCAUUGUCAAAUCUAGAUGCAGCUACUUAUCAGGUCACAUAUCAGUUGAAAAUUCUUACUACAGCAUUGUUUUCUGUGUCUAUGCUUAGUAAAAAAUUAGGUGUGUACCAGUGGCUUUCCCUAGUGAUUUUGAUGGCAGGAGUUGCUUUUGUACAGUGGCCCUCAGAUUCUCAAGAACUUGAUUCUAAGGAACAUUCAGCUGGCUCUCAAUUUGUAGGCCUCAUGGCAGUUCUCACAGCAUGUUUUUCAAGUGGCUUUGCUGGGGUUUACUUUGAGAAAAUCUUAAAAGAAACCAAACAAUCAGUGUGGAUAAGAAAUAUUCAACUUGGUUUCUUUGGUAGUUUAUUUGGAUUGAUGGGUGUAUACAUUUAUGAUGGAGAAUUGGUAUCAAAGAAUGGAUUUUUUCAGGGAUAUAACCAACUGACCUGGAUAGUUGUUAUUCUUCAGGCACUUGGAGGCCUUGUAAUAGCUGCUGUUAUUAAAUAUGCAGAUAAUAUCUUAAAAGGAUUUGCAACCUCUUUAUCCAUAAUAUUAUCAACACUGAUAUCCUAUUUUUGGCUACAAGAUUUUGUGCCAACCAGGUAAUUUCUUCUCUUCUAUUUC